CUUCGGAAGCAUGGAUGUGCGCCUGCGCUGCGCCAGGGCCCGGCGGGCGGUUUGAAUUUUGCUCCGGGAGUGACGUCUCACCAUCCCGGGCUUCCAGCGGAGACUGCUGUAUCCGCGGCUGGAGACCCAGCGGCGAGUAGCCUUUUGCUCCUGGACGGACUCGAGAGGCUUAAAGGAUGGCCUCCUCAGAUCUGGAACAAUUAUGCUCUCAUGUUAAUGAAAAGAUUGGCAAUAUUAAGAAAACCUUGUCAUUAAGAAACUGUGGCCAGGAACCUACCUUGAAAACUGUAUUAAAUAAAAUAGGAGAUGAGAUCAUUGUAAUAAAUGAACUUCUAAAUGAAUUGGAAUUGGAAAUUCAGUAUCAAGAACAAACUAACAAUUCACUCAAGGAACUCUGUGAAUCUCUUGAAGAAGAUUACAAAGACGUAGAACAUCUUAAAGAAAACAUUCCUUCCCAUUUGCCUCAAGUAACAGUAACCCAGAGCUGGUACAUGAAAUCCCGCUUAACCUAUGAUCAAAUUAACGAUGUUAUUAAAGAAAUCAACAAGGCAGUAAUUAGUAAAUAUAAAAUCCUACAUCAGCCAAAAAAGUCUAUGAAUUCUGUGACCAGAAAUCUCUAUCACAGAUUUAUUGAUGAAGAAACGAAGGAUACCAAAGGUCGUUAUUUUAUAGUGGAAGCUGAUAUAAAGGAGUUCACAACUUUGAAAGCUGACAAGAAGUUUCACGUGUUACUGAAUAUUUUACGACACUGCCGGAGGCUAUCAGAGGUCCGAGGGGGAGGACUUACUCGUUAUGUUAUAACCUGAGUCCCUUGUGAACUUUUGAACGUACCAACAGGGUAUAGAGUGUAGAGGCUAUUUCUAUAAUUUUCUUAUAUAUAAUUUUUUUAACUUUUAAUCUUUUUUGUUUCCUUUUUUUUUUUUUUUGAGACAGGAUCUUGCUUUGUCACCCAUGGUCUUGCUUUGUCACGCAGGCUAGAGUGCAGUGGCACAAACAUGGCUCACUGCAGCCUCAACCUCCCAGGCUCAAGUGAUCCUCCCACCUCAGCCCCCUGAAUAGCUGGGACUACAAGUGUGCACCACCAUGCCUGGCUAAUUUUUGUAUUUUUU